CUAGUACUUUUACAUUGAUACUACUACUACUCAGUUUAUUCUGUUAAUGUUACUCCUGUGAUCAUGGUCAUGUCUUCCCCUGCAGUUUAAGGACAAUGAGGCUGGUCUUUCUCACCUAUCAACUUGCCACGCUGCUCCUGGCGCAGGCUCAGAAUGCCUGCAUCGGACACUCCACAUUCAGGAGUCCAGCCAACUCCGACAUCGAGGUCGUCUGUGGCUCACAGAUGGUGGACCUUCAGAUCCUGUUGUGUCCCAUCUAUUUCAACGGAUACAACGAGUCGCUGCUGGCCCUCAACUCGGUACACUCCAAACACCAGUGUGAAGGCACUGCCGACUGGGCCGCGGACCCGCCCGUUGUCCGGUUCAACUUCUCCAUCACAGAGGAGGGCAUCACUGCCUGCUCCAGCACGCUGACAGUCACGCAGGAGGAGGGAACUGGCCCGUUCUCAGACUUCUCCCACGUGGAGUACAUCAACAUCUCGGGCAUGGUCUGCUCGGAGGACCCCACCGCAGGAGCCGUUACCUAUCACCAAGAGGUGAUGUACAGGUUCUCCUGCCGCUACCCGCUGCAGUACCUGGUCAACAACACUCACAUGAGCGUGUCCGGGGUCAGUCUGGCAGUCAAAGACAACAACGGAAGUUUCGUCAGCACGCUGAGCAUGCGACUGUUUUCGGACAAUAGUUACUCCUCCAGGCUACAGAUCCCCCUCAGAGGCCUGGAGCUGAAGACCAGGAUCUUUGUGGAGGUGAAGGCAUCCAACCUCAGCAACAGAUUCCAUGUGCUCCUGGACCGAUGUUAUGCCACGACGACGCCUUUCCCCUUCAACACCCCACAUCACGAUCUCUUUGUUGGGUGUGACCGGGACGGCCAGACAGUAAUAGCCCUCAACGGACAGCAGCAGGAAGCCCGCUUCUCCUUUGAAACCUUCCGCUUCAUCGAGACUAUGGAUGCGAUUGUCUCCACCUACUACUUACACUGUGCCACCAGGCUCUGUCUGAACUCCUUCUGUUCCAGCGUCCUCCAGAACUGCACCAGCAGCGGCAGCUCGAGGAGGCGGCGCAGCGUCGGCGACAACCAGGGCACCACAGUGAGCGACACGGCCACCAUCACCUCAGGCCCCAUCACUACCCGCUCCGAUAACGGCUACAUGCUGGGAUCUGGAGGCGCUCAGCAGACCCACAUGAAUAACACCGUGGUGGUCGUCUCAGUCAUAGCCGGCACCGUCGGCGCCGUCUGCCUCGCGCUGGUGGCGGUCGUCGUUUACCAGAUGAACAACCUCAGCGCCGUUUCCAACAAGACCAUUCUGUGCCCGCGAGAAUGACGGGGGCUCAAGACACGAGCGCUCACUCGCGCAGAUACGGUUCACAUCACCACGGGGCGUGGUUCAAUAACCUCUGACUUUCACAUUCAUCGUUGGUAUUAUGAUAUACAGUACAGCUGCAUUGACAUACGCCUCAGACAGGAGGAAGAAUGUUAUGAUCUUUGACCUUUGCACUUUAAUUCAGCGUACAUGAAGAACAUAAGUACACAGGACAUGCAGUGUGAUGUGGUAUUGAGUUAAUCAUCUCCUUCCAAGCAUUCAUAACUAUAACCCUUUAUACCUUUGCUUUUUAUUUUCUACUCUGACGGUGGGUAAAGGAUUUGUGUUGUGUUGGGCUGUGUUACUAAACCAGGGUCAUAGGUGCUGUAGUUCCCAUUCAGGGUUGUUGUUGUUGUUGUUGUAUUUAAUUUCAUUUUUGUUGUUUUCUUGCUUAUAAUUAUUGAUGGUUCAGACAUUUUUGUAUUACUAUUUCUAAUAAGGGUGUUUGAUAAGAUUUGUACGCUUGUUAUUCAUGGAGAAUUUCUGGGGCGUUUCUUGCUUUUAGAAGACGUUUAAAAACUGAUGUGCCCUCAGUGAGCACUUUAAUAGGAACACCACUGGGUCGCUCCUUCCUUUGCUUUCAAACAGCAUCACUUCUUUGUGUCGUUGAUUCCACGAGAUGCUGGAAACUUCCCUCCGAGAUUCUGCUCAUUUGUCAGCUGCACGACCUCCUGUUCCACCACAUACUGAAGGUUGUACUGGAUUCACAUCUGGAGACUGGGGAGGUCACUGAAGUUCACUGACCUCACGUUCAUUAAAACCAGUAUGAGACUCUUACUUUGGAGCAUUAUCCUGGAGGAAGUAGCAAUUACGCGAUGGUAUCAUGUGACCAUGAAUUUAUGAAUAUGUUCAGCAACAACAUUUUUAUUUUGAAUUUCCAUAGUAGAAACAUUGUUCUUCCUUUCUUUCCCUUUAAUAACUCAUAAACCCAAAGAUUUAUCGUGUGGCCCAGCCCUCUUCAGACGAGCUUCCUCUCAAGCAUCCAGGUGAAAUGUUACUACAGCGUGAGGAAUUUUACUUUUGAUACUUUACAUGUACUUGAUGGAACUUCUGUACUUUACCUUUUUGCAAAUACAGGAUCUAAUGCAGAGUCCUUUUAAUAGAACAUUUGACAUGAUCUGAAUACACUGUAUGCCACUGCUGUUGCCCACCUGUUUGAGCCCUUUGCACACAAACCCGACUAGUGAGUCAAAGCAACAACCCCAAAGCAGAAUCAAGUACUCAUGUUAGCAUAUUCACAAAAUGACAAUCAACUCAAAAACAAGAAAACAAAAGGAUUUUAUUUUUAUUAACAGUUUAGAAGCACAACAAUGUUGGCGCCCUCCACUUCAUCGGGUUUUCUUGUUUUCUAGUUUUUUUUCCCACUUUCUCCUCCAAAUAAUCCAGAGAGCCACAAACACAGGAGGAGACGACUGACCCACACGUGGAGGGAGAAGUGG